UGAUGGGGCACUGGCAGGGCUGGAGACAUGCUUUGUAUUGGCAGGCUGAUGAGGACACUUGUCCCCUCCCUGCUUCCACACCUCCCUCCCCGCCGUGCGCCACGGUACCGCAUUGGCAUUAGUGAAGCAUCUGAACACCGACAAGGAACUUCAGGGAAAGGCUUCUAGAUAUCCUCUACUUUAGAGGAAAAACGAAGAAAAAAAGGCGCGCAGGCCCCGCAGGAACCCGCCGUGCGUAAAGCUUUUGCGCACACCGCUGCGUCGCUUUGGAGUCUGAACGGAAGCGCUUCUCCUCGAGCAUCAGAGCGCAGUGCCAGGAUGCAAAACGGGAGCAUCGACGUCUGAAGGUGACAUGAACCUGAGGAUAACCCAGAGCAGCGGACGCACGCCCAGCAAAAAGUGGAGAUAGCAACUGAAAACCGUCUGUGUCUUGAACCAACGACUGCGCUCAUUUCAGCGGCUCCUUUUUACGCACAGAACAAGGAGCUGCGCCCCAAAGUAGCCUCGUUUUUUUACUGACUGGAUCAAUUCAUCGACCAGAAGACCGUCUAGAACUAACAGAAAAAACCGAAAUGGCGACGUUAAUCAAAGGCAAACUCUCUAAUAAACUGACGAACGCAGCCAACGCUGUGUCCAACAAAUCCCAGGCGAAGGUGAGCGGCAUGUUCGCCAGGAUGGGCUUCCAGGCCGCCACCGACGAGGAGGCUCUAGGCUUCGCCGCCUGCGAUGACCUGGACUACGACCACCGGCAAGGCAUGCAGAUGGACAUUCUGACAUCGGAUGAGAUCGGAGGAGAAGGGAGCGGAGACGGGGACGCACUGGAGGGGGACAGCCACUAUCAGAGGGAUGGCACCGGUCCUCCAAACUCUGCCUCAAAGGACGGAGGAUCGCCCAACGAGCUGGCAGAAGUCAAACCAAAAAUCACCGCAUGGGAGGCGGGCUGGAACGUUACGAACGCAAUCCAGGGCAUGUUUGUCCUCGGGUUGCCCUACGCCAUCCUGCACGGAGGAUACCUCGGACUGUUUCUCAUUAUUUUCGCCGCCGUUGUGUGUUGCUACACCGGGAAAAUCCUCAUCGCCUGCCUGUACGAGGAGGACGAGGACGGGCAGCUCGUGCGCGUCAGGGACUCUUACGUGGACAUUGCCAACGCCUGCUGCGCGCCCAGAUUCCCCUCUUUAGGCGGCCAUAUCGUGAAUGUAGCCCAAAUCAUAGAGCUGGUGAUGACGUGCAUCCUGUAUGUGGUGGUCAGCGGUAACCUGAUGUACAACAGCUUCCCCAACAUGCCGAUCUCCCAGAAGUCGUGGGCCAUCAUCGCCACCGCCGCUCUCCUCCCGUGCGCCUUCCUCAAGAACCUGAAAGCCGUCUCCAAGUUCAGCCUGCUGUGCACGAUGGCCCACUUCGUCAUCAACGUGCUGGUGAUAGCCUACUGCCUCUCCAGGGCGAGGGACUGGGCCUGGGACAAGGUCAAGUUCUACAUCGACGUCAAGAAGUUCCCCAUCUCCAUUGGGAUUAUCGUGUUCAGCUACACCUCGCAGAUCUUCCUGCCGUCUCUGGAGGGGAACAUGCAGAAACCCAGCGAGUUCCACUGCAUGAUGAAAUGGACUCACAUCGCUGCCUGCAUCCUCAAGGGCCUCUUCGCCUUAGUGGCCUACUUGACCUGGGCCGACGAGACCAAGGAGGUGAUCACAGAUAACCUGCCCCCGGGCAUCCGAGCCGUCGUCAACCUUUUCCUUGUGGCCAAAGCUUUGCUCUCCUACCCGCUGCCGUUUUUCGCUGCUGUUGAGGUUUUAGAGAAGACAUUUUUCCAGGAUGGGGGACGCGCGUUCUUUCCAGACUGCUACGGAGGCGACGGACGCCUAAAGUCGUGGGGACUGACUCUCCGGUGUAGUCUCGUCGUGUUCACCUUGCUCAUGGCCAUCUACGUGCCGCAUUUCGCCCUCCUCAUGGGCCUCACCGGCAGUCUGACCGGCGCAGGCCUCUGCUUUCUGCUUCCCAGCAUCUUCCACCUCAAGCUUUUAUGGAGAAAGCUGCUAUGGCACCAGGUUUUCUUUGACGUGUCCAUCUUUGUAAUAGGCGGUAUAUGCAGCAUAUCCGGUUUCAUCCAUUCGAUGGAGGGGCUGAUAGAGGCUUUCAAAUACAACAUAGAAGAAUAGAUGCAUCGACGGAACUAGGUGUUAAGUGCUAAUCACCAUUUUAGUGAAAACAUUAAAAGAAAGGCUCCCCUUACCCCGCUUAACUCAUGCGUAAAAGCGCGCACGGAGCUCGCGUUGGCACUCAUGCACUAUCGUAUAAAUUCACACUCAAACGUGGCGGCACUGAUGGAAUCUCAAACAUCAACAGAACACCAUACAGACAAUACAUGUUGUAAAAAAAAUAUGCGAGUUAAAUAAUAAAAAAACACUUUUUUUCAGUGGAGUGACCGUUUACAAUGUAGAAGAAAAUUGCAAAAAGGGCAGUUUGCCUUUUCGUGGCUCUUUGUGGUGCUUCCCCACCAGAGACUUCAUGAGUUUGUGAUGGUUGGACACACUAUGAUUUAAUGAUGAUCAGAUUUGCUUAAGUUGAGGGCAAAAUAUGGGGUAAAAAAACGUCUUUACGCGCGUAAAAUCGUCUUAAAUCUGGGGUUAAAACCACAAAUCAACAACAGAAAAAUGCACAAAAGCAGAGGCAAAAAAUGUGUUUAAAUAAAUAAAAAAUAAACUUUAAAAGUAAAUAAUGAGACAUAUUGGUAUUUUUAAUGAAGUGGAAAAAUACCAGAACAUAGCAGCUAUACAAACUAUGCAUUGAAUGUAUGAUAUCUCUGACACAAGCAGAAUUAAACUAUGUAGAAACAAUAAAACACAAUCUAAAUUUUAGUUCAAAUGUGUGAAGGCUUUCGUGUGGGCCUUUAUUUUACUUUAUUUUUAUUUUUAGGUAUAACCCCUCACCUCCCCAUACAAUCCCAGUCCAAAUUCUGUCCAGACGGGGACGCAAAUCUGAAAUAUGACUCCCAAUUUACCAGGAUGCAUUCAGAACCACGUGGCCAGCUUUUAACCAACACUAGAGAGUCUUCUAGAAAAUUCGGUGUCUGAAUAUAUAGGGGAAACAAAAAAAAGGUCAGAUUUACUCAAGAGGAAAAAUUGCGCAUUCAGACAUUUUUCAUUCUGUGCAAUCCAAUGGGUUCUGUGGAAAUGUCAAAACCGUAUGUGUAGUGUGUUCUUGUGGUUUCAAAAAGAUGGAAUGUAUAUCUCAAACUCGUUAUUAUAUAUCGUGAAAUUAAUAUUAAAUAAUAAAGAAUUAAGUGAAAUUAUAUUGUACAAAAAAUGUGUGUGGUUUUAUGUAAAACGAAAAAAAAGAAAAGAAAAAGCUACGGUCAGAUGGUGUAUUUUCCUCCCCCUCUAUAAUAAAAGACAGAAAAAAUACA